CGGCAAAUUUCAAAAAUAGAAAAACAGCAUCAAUCAGGAAAGAAGGAAAUGGGCGCUGAAACAUUUGUGGAGAUUAUACUCGCAAUCAUCUUGCCUCCUAUCGGCGUUUUUCUUCGAUAUGGUUGUGGUAUCGAAUUCUGGAUAUGUUUAUUGCUGACGAUAUUGGGUUAUCUUCCGGGUAUUAUAUACGCAAUUUAUGUUUUGGUUGUGUAGGUAAUUAAUUUAGUGGUUUUUCUUCCUUUUUGUUUUCAAAUACGUACUGUGCUUUGAAACUGAGUAGUGAUCAAAGGAUUUAAGUCUUCAUUAUGUAAAUUUUCUAUUAUGCAUACUAGAUCUCAAUCCUUCAUCAGAAAUUAUAUUAGUUUUUUUAAUUAGCCAUACUCAUAUUAUUGUGGAAUCAGAUUGUUAAUACAUCAUCAGAACUUGGCUUGGCUCCAUUUGAUUGAUGGGCGAUCAACAUUCAUCAAUCGUCUCUUUCUAUUAUGCACGGUACAUAAUAUG